AUGAUGGGAAGACAAAUGAAUUGCUUUUCUAUAACGAUUUAUAUACUACUGAAUAUUCUGAAUAAUUACAAAUGCACAGGCAUCGACUGCUACGAGUGCGACUACUGCCCAACAGUUAACAAUUCCACACCUAUUAAAAGUGGCUGCAACGAAUGCGUGACUGCUGGAGCAAACAAUCAAGUAUCUAGAACAUGCUUGAACAGAUCGUCAGGGGCGCGUGCGAAUUUUCCAUCACUAAAUUGGGCAAAAUGUUACGGAAAUCGGUGUAAUAAGAGGAAUUCGACAUUAGUAAUAGAGAAUCCAAUCAGCUGUUAUAUUUGUAGAGUUUGCUCACAUAAUAAAGAAAGAAUUGACAAUAUGUGCGGUGCAUGUGCAAUUCGUGAUGAGCCUGGAAGUGAGAGUAAAUUCUGCCUUGAAAGCUGUGAUGAAGCACCAGCUGCCAAAGGAUACUCUUGCUGUACAACAGAUCUAUGCAAUGGAGGGAAAAAAUUGAACACUCCCAUAAGCUGUCAUGUUUGCAAAGAUUGCUCACCUACAAAGGAAAGAGUUGAAACUGAGUGCGGUGCAUGUGCAACUCGUAAUGAAUCCGGAUCUAUCAGUAAAUAUUGCCUUAAAAGCUGUGAUGAAGCACCAGCUGACAAGGGAUACUCUUGCUGUACAACAGAUCUAUGCAAUGCAGAGAAAAAAUUGAACACUCCCAUAAGCUGUCAUGUUUGCAAAGAUUGCUCACCUACAAACGAAAGAGUUGAAACUGUGUGCGGUGCAUGUGCAACUCGUAAUGAAUCCGGAACUAUCAGUAAAUAUUGCCUUGAAAGCUGUGAUGAAGCACCAGUUGCCAAGGGAUACUCUUGCUGUACAACAGAUCUAUGCAAUGGAGAGAAAAAAUUGAACACUCCCAUAAGCUGUCAUGUUUGCAAAGAUUGCUCACCUACAAACGAAAGAGUUGAAACUGUGUGCGGUGCAUGUGCAACUCAUACUGCAUUCGGAUCUAUUAAUAAAUUUUGUCUUCACAGCUGUGAUUUAAUACCAGCUCUCAAGGGAUUCUCUUGCUGUACAACAGAUCUAUGCAAUGGUGAGAUAAAAUUGAAUAUUCACAUAGGCCUUAUGAUAUUUCUGCUGAGUGUUACACAUUUCAGCAUCAGAGCAUUAUAAAAUGAUUUAAAUGAAGCAGAAUAUCCUAAAUGUCUUUUACAAGAAAAUGAAAGUACUUUCAACAGUGAAAUUUUCUUAAGCCAUUCAUACUUCGCUUUAAUAUUGAAAUCACUGCACUGUACCGCUAACAUUUAUUCACAUACCUAUAUUAGAAGAAUAUUUUAGUGGUUCUGUCAAAACAAUAUGUACUGUAUAAACUGACAUGUAACCAGUGUAUGAUUUCAACUCUAAAUGCAUUCGAACAGUUAUAAAGACGUAAAUUGUUUCACUCGC